CUCAGGUCGAACUAAAUACUUGGAAUAGUAGGCGCACAAUAUGAGCUUCAUAAACUUUUUUUUUCUUAAAGUAAAACAAAUGGGGUAUAGAGACGGCCGAAAGUUUGAGGGAAUUGAAAUGAAUGUUAGAUAAUGUCCCAAAAACUAAGGACAUAAAAAAAUUAAUUCCCAAAAGAUUAAAAAAAACACAAAUGAAUGUUUCUUUGCUUCUUGGCUUCAUCAUAAUUUCACCACUCUUCUUGCCUGCAAAUUAGCUAUUUUCCUCAUAUUGUCUUCAUCAACUCCUUACGUACGUGUAUACAUAUUUUGCUCAUACCUAUUAAUCUAUUACGUUUACAGACAUAUAUGUUCAUCGACUAUGUCUUUUUGUCUCGUAUGGUCGCUAUUGUUUUGAUAAAUCCGUUUAUGCACCGUCUAUUAUUAAACCCAUACCUGUUCAUACCAAUUAGUGACUCAAGAAUUAUAAUAUGCAAAACACCAACGCAAAAAAAUGGUUGUAACCUAAAAUCACGAAAAUUCAAAGUUUAAUUGGGUGACAAGUUUUUUCCAAAAAAAAUUGCAAAUGGUCGUUUGGUUUUUGGUACUUAAAAGAAAUGACCCUUGUUAGAAAGUGUACAUAAACAUUUUAAUCUCUCUAUAUAUUAAUUGAGAAUAUGUUUCCAAACAUACAAUUAAACAUCUUAAAUAUAGAUGAAUUAAUUAUCCGUAAUUAAACUUAAUAUAUAUUUUUUGUAUAAUAUAAUUAUCCGCAAAUUGCAGACAAACACCUAGUUUUAGUAAUUACCACUGAAUUCUUGAACAUGUCACAUUUUUAUUUGAAAAACAGAAUGUCAGCCUGUAAUGUUUACUGUAAAUAGCAUAUUGUACAUCUCUUUUCAAAUUACCACUACUUUUCCAAAACAUAGAUUGAUUGAUGGGAAGGUAACUUAAUUGGUUACCAAAGGCAAUAACUAAAAACAUUACUGUAUAUUACUUUUCAAAUUACCACUAUUUUUUUUUUCCAAAAUAUAGAGUUACUGAUGGGAUGGUAACUUAAUUUGUUACUAAUUGCUAAUUAGUGAUGCGUGAUAACGACAUAGACAUUUGACAACGGUAUUAACUGUCCGACACUUUAUGAUAACUACCACACAACGGAUUUGUCACUUUGUGACCAUUGACUGGCCCCCUUUUGACCAUGUUCAAAUCCAUGUUCUUUCCUUUUCUUCUUGUUUUGUUGUCUCCUUUUUCUUCAAUUCCUUAAUUUGUGGAUUUAGCGUCGGUUCGUAGGGGGGAAAUAACAAGUUUGGGGGUUCUGUUUUCACUUAAAGCGGUAAAUAAUUUCACGUAAAAGCCAUAAUUAAAAAAUAUUGUCGGAAUCAUAUCAACCUUUGCUGAUGGUUAUGCUUUAAAAGUUUGACGUCUUAUGCAUUCAAGAUUUUUACCCGGGCAAUCAUAGUCUCCUACGUGGUGUGUCCUUUUCUUUAAAAAUGAUCAUUUAAAGAAUAAACUACACUUAAGUUACAAACAAAAAAAAAACUACAUAUAUAUGUAGGUUUUUGAGUCUCUAAAACGUUAUAGUUUUUAGUCGACCAACAAACCGUAUAACGAUAGGUCAUAAACUCCAAUGCACAUGCAUGUAGAUUGUAGAGCGUAGACACUAUCAUCCGUUCAUGUCUACUUUUUACUUUUAACGUAUCAAACACUAUCCUCAAUAGAUAUAAACGUACAACAUCAUUUUCAUUAUGCUUUAUCCAAGACGGUUCAAACAUGUUUUUACUGUAAAUAAUUCGAUGGACAUUCAAGUAAGUGAACGUAUUUCAUCUAAAUGACUAAAUCAAUCCACUUUUGGAACUCUCAGUUAUUCUCUCUUUGUUUUCCGAACAAAUUCAAAAAACAUGUUUUGAUAAAUAACUCGACAGACAUUCAACAACAAGAAUUUUCACGUGCCUCCGAAUUAACAUAUGCCGUUUGCAUCGAAUAUACAAUAAUACAAACCAACUAAAAAUAUUUAUUAACCCAUGAUAAAACAAGAUAAAAUUAGGGGUGAGCGUUCAGGUACCCAUUUGGAUUCGGUUCGGAUCUAUUUGGGUUUCGGGUUUUUGGGGUCAAAGAUUUCAACCUCAUUCGGAUAUUUCUAAAUUUCGGUUUGGAUUCGGUUUAUAUCUUUGCGGGUUCAGAUAACCAUUUAAAUUAUUUUAAAAUUUUAAAAUUUAUUAUAUACUUUAAAUUUCUCAAAAUCUAUAAAAAAUAAUAUAUUAUGUAUAAAUUUGAAUAACAUAUGUCAUCUAAACUUAACAUAUAAAUUGGUAUGGUUUGAGUAUUUGGAUAGAGAAUCAAUAGAUAUUUCAAGUAUUUUUGGUGUUUUGCAUAUAUUUUAACUAUUUUAUACAUUUACUUUUUAUUAUAUAUAUAUAUAUAUAUAUAUAUAUAUAUUUUUCAAGUAUUUUAGACAGCUUACAAAUAUAUUAUAUAUUUUGGAUGAUUUUAAAUAUACAUUGACUCUAAAAAUAAUUAAUAUAUUUAGGCAUACAAAUCUAUUUCAGAUAUAUCCAGGUAUCUAAAAUACUUCGGUUCGGGUCGGAAUUGGUUUUGUUUUUUUAAAUACCAAAAUUUUGAACCCGUUCGGAUAUAUAAUCAAUUUCACUUCGGAUUCGGUACUACUUUUUCGGAUUGGAUCGGAUUCGGUUCGGUUCUUCGGAUACAUGUUUUUUUGCCCAGCCCUAAAUAAAAUUCAUUAAAAAGGUCCAUAAAAACUUUUCUAGCAAUAGCUGAAGUAUAUUGUCUUCUUUUUCAGAUGUAUUUCCCAAAACUUAAUAUGGUAAACAAAUCUUCAGCCUUUUCUUAAUCGGAGCUUAAGAUGGGAAAUGAUACUAAUAUAUAUUUUAUAUAUUUUCAUUUUCCAUUGAUAUUAGAUCAACUAAAAUCAAAUUAAUUAAGCACUUAUUUUUGUAAUCAGGGAUGAAUAUUCUAACCAAGACAAGAAUAUUCUGUCAGAUAGAAAGUGUGAAACCUUUCCUUCAUAUAUGUAGAAAUUGAUGAGCUUGUAUUAUACUAAUACAUUCGCGCCACUUUGUCGGUAAAAUAAUUUACUCGCUUUAUAACGAAGUUACAAGAAAUAUGAAGGAAUUACGUUAACAGAAAGUAAUCAUAAAACGGUCAAUGUUUCACCAACAAACAAAAAUAAUAUGUCGCCGAAUUGAUCAAAGCUUCAGCUUUCGGAACUUUUAUAAAUUAUAUUUUUUUCUAUAUAUAGAUUAUAUGUUUACAACUGAAACUUAUACUCAAAAGAAAUUCAAAAAUGUUUACCUUUUCUACUUACAAAAGGUGAACACUCAAAACACUAUUUAUGAACUACUUCUAUGACAACUAAUAAUCUCUUUACAAAAAUAAUCAGAACACUUAGUGAUUUGAAUUCCGUUAUAGGUGUUCGUUAAUGCUAUGUUACUAUAUAAGUCUUUGACAUCAUCAUGUAAAAAUCGAUUGAAGACAAAUAUUAACCUUUUUUGUUCAAAAAGAUACUUUGUAUUUCAAAUAUCCACUUUUAAAAGUUAUUUUUUCUGUACAUAUUUAUUUAAAAAAUCGAGUAUGAAACAUCAUGUACUGUAUAUGUAUUUACCAAUUUUCAUAUAUAACCUUUCAAUAUAAUAAUUAGACUGCAAGUAUUAUCUACUGAAAUUGUGAUAUCACUACCAUCGAAUUAAUAUAGAACUAGAUGAUAAUCCGCGCCCUGCGUGGAGUGAUUCCUUAAAUAUAUAUUGUAUUUAAAUAUUAUAAAUAGUAUAUUUUGCUAUCAAUAAUUUUUUUUUUACAUUUGAAUCUUAGGAGUGGGCAUUCGGGUAUUAUAUAGUUCGGUUCGAUUUGCUCGGUUUGGUUUGUUCCGAUCUUUAUGAGUUUGAUUUAGUUUGAAUCAUUGCGGUUUUGGUUUGAGUUUGGAUUCAGAUAACCCAUUCAAUUUAAAAAUAAAAUAAAGUUCCUAUAUACUUUAAAUUUCUCAAAAUCAAAAAAUAAAAAUAAUAUAUAACAUAUAACAUAUAAAUUUAAAUAAUAUAUGCCAAAAUACUUAAAUUUAACAUAGAAAUUGGUUUACUUUAAAUAUUUGGAUAAGAAAUCAAUAGAUAUUUUAAGUAAUUUUGGUAUUUUGAGUAUCGCUUAACUAUUUUAAACAUGUACUUUUAACUAUUUGUAUAUAUUUCCAAGUAUUUUGGACAACUUAAAAACAUCUUAUAUAUAUUGUAUAUUAUUUAAAUAUUAAAUUUAAAAAUAAUUAAUAUAUUUAAGUAUAUAAAUAUGGUUCGAAUAUAUUUGGAUAUCCGAAAUAAUUUGUUUCGGAUCCGGUUCCAUUCUGGUUCUCUAGAUAACAAAAUUUCGAACCCGUUCGGAUAUCUAACCAAUUUUGGCUAAAGUUCAUUACUACCUUUUCAGAUUAUAUUUGGUUCGAUGUUUUGGAUUCAGAUUUUUUGCCCAGACCUAUAUUUUUUUUAUUGUAACAAAAUUUUAAACAAAAUUGAUGAUGAUUUGUAUUGAUUUUGGGUAUGCAAUCUUUUUUAGACCAAAAUAUUAUUCUAUGUAUGUGGUCCAUUUAGUUAAGGAAAACAAUGGACUGAACUAAAAAAACGUUACCAUUUCAGAUUUCUAGUUGACACUUCCAAAUUAUUCAUUGUCGGUAGUGACGAAGAGAAAGGGGGUUAGGAUUACGAAAGAAAAUUUGUUGUGUGAUUCAUAUUCUCGCUAGGUGAUUUCAAUAGCUUUUAAAUAAAUCUCCGUUGUAUCGAUCGAGAUUUAGUAAUUUAUAGACAUUUUAAAAAAUUCAAAAUAUAGCAUAUAAGAAAUAAAUCUAAUAUUUUUAUUACAUGGUUAAUUUUAUUGUUUAAUUUAUUUUAAAAUAUAAACUUUCAAAUCUGAGAGAAUCUCGUAAUAAAUAAAUUGUAUUAAGUUGUUAUUGAUUAUUUGGUGUCCAAGUCAAGUUAGUAUGAAUAAUAUCUUGUUAAAAAUCUUGUAGAUAAGGAUUAUAUUUUUGAUUUUUGAAAUAUUUUCUGAAUAAUAUCUUUGUAAUUUUCUUGUAGAUAAGGAUUGUAUUUUCGAAAUUAGUAGCUACAAAUAUUAUUUAAAUAAAUAAUACAUGUAAUUCCUAACUUCUACCCUACUUCAAAAAAAAUUAGAUUUUUAUAAAUAGAUAUUAUAUUUGGCACUUUUGAAAUUAUAUGAUUGAAGUUUAUAUAAUGACAUAUUGCGUUCAUAAUGGGAUGUAUCUCUAAGUCUAAUACAGAAUUAAUCAACUUAGAGCCAAGUAACAUAUAUACAAAAUGAGGUGUAAAAAGAGUUAUCAUAUCUAAUAUAUUAUAGAAGCAAAGAGGAACCAAACAUAUACAUGUUCAGUGUCUGGUUAUAUGAUGUUGAUAAGAAAAAAAUAUAAAUCAAUGUACAACAAAGUUUAAUCUAUAGUAAAAGAGGUCCAAGUGAGAGUUAUUGAAUUGCUAAUAUAAUUGUAUAUAUACAAUCGGUAUACUUUAAUAGAGUAGAUAGAACAUGAUUCAAUAUAAUAUAAUGCGUUUGAUUUAUUUAUAAUAUAGUAGAUUGUUGGUUUAAUUUAAGUUGUCCAGUUUUAAUUUUAUUUUAUAAUUAAUUGUAACUAACACGAUAUGGUCCAUAAAUGAUGUAACACACUAACAAACUUGAAACAGUCCAAAACUUAAAUGACAGUUUCAAUGGUAGAUAAAUUUAGGAUUCUAUUUUAAUAGAGUAGAUAGAAUUGGGUCAGAAGUCAAGAAGAAUGUGGAGGGAAACUAGAGAAGGAGAUAAAUGCGCAUGCAAGCAUGCAGAUAGUAGUACACAUUAAUUUACAAACUUACUUAUUUGUUUAUAAUCUCAAAAACCCUACAUAAAAGGAAUGGGCAGCAUCUACUCAGAUCUUGGGAUUGCAAUUAACAUUUUAUUUUUCUUAGUUAAAUACUCACACGCUUAUACACAUAUUAUAAACAAGUAAAUAUGAUCUUAAUUAUAUUGUAAAGUGUCUGCUAGCAAUUAAGUAUAACUGUAUAAAGAGUGUGGGUGUUACUGGCAUUCCAAGCUAACAAUUUAAUGGAGUUAUGAUAUAAGCUUUGUAUGAAGCUAGUCUUUUUCAUUAGUUUAUGCAAUCGCCUUUAAGUGUUUUAUUUUUGUUUUUUUAAACGAAAAUUACAUUUCAAACCUAGUAUCCUAAUGAAAAUUAAAAUAUAACAAAAACUGUAUUUCUUUUUGUUUAAAAAAUUUAUUUCUUUCUAAGAAAACACAAAACUUUAGAAAUUGAACUGAUGAACUGAAUGAGCUCUUUAUUUCAAAAUGAAACAAGACUUAAAUAAUUAUUAAAAACAAAUGGAUAUCCAUCUAAGGCGUAUUAUUAUAUGGAUCGAUAAUACCAAGUGGAAUCAGAACGACAACUUAGUUACACAAGAAGAUGGGGAAAAGCUAAGAACUAUAUUUUCAUAAAAAUAUAGAAAGGUUAAAAUGAAUAGAGAGGAAUAGAAAAUAGAAUAAAUGUUUCCUAUGCAAAGAACAAGAAGAAGGUUGUCUACAUAGGGAGGGUGAAUUGGGAUACAUUGGUAAUAAAAGCCAUAACUCACAUUGUGUUUCUUAUUUCAAUCAUCAAUGGCACAUUGCUCCAUAUCCCAGACAUCAUCAUCCACUAACUUCUUUAUUCUAUAUAUCCUCAAAAAUAUUGUGUGUAAAUAUGUAUUGGUGUACCCAUAACAUUUACAUGGUUCCCAUUAAAUUAUGUUAGUGGGUUUUUCUUGUCUUUGUUAUUUUUGGUCAUUUUUCAUAUUUUUGUGCAUGAGUAUCAGUAAAUAACGUUUGUACCCAUCUUACACUGUCCAGAUAUAAGCUGUCCAUUUUCUGGUCCUAUUUUUUAUACAGAAAAUUAACUAUUUGUCCUAUUCUUGAGAAAGGGAAAAAAGCAAGGAACCUUUAUCACUGAAUCAAUUCUAAUAAUCUUAUUAUACUUCCAGAUAUAGUUACAAAACAUUAUUUAAAAACUUAAGAAUUACUAAGUGGUUUCCCAUUGAUUCAAAGCUUGUCACUUUGCCUAUCUACAAACGUAAACCUAAUGAAAAGUCUAUACAAUAAGAUGAAUCACCAAAAUAUAAAAUAAGAAAACAACUAAAUACAACAUAUAUGAUUAUAUCUUCCAAUAGUGUGAAUAUGUCUCUUUUAACUUAUGACCAAAUCAAAAUCAAUCCUCAAAUAUAAAUUAGAAUGAAGAAUAAGAUCUCAUGCAAUAAGUCACGUACAAGAGUUCAAAUAUCCAACUAAUAAAGCAUUUUACAAACCUUCCAUUAGCCUCAAUAAAGUAUAUUUAUAUUGCAUCUCAAAUACUGUUCAUCUGAAAUUGAGUUACAUUUACCAAACUGCAAUGUGUGCAUACAACUCAAAGGAGAUUGAUGUCAAAAUACCUUAACCAAUCACAAUCGAACUUUGUCAGUUCUGCGUCAUUCAAUAUAUAAUGGGACUAGAGUUCGUACCGCCAUUUACACAACCUCUUAUCUAAUAGAGUGGACAUAAACUUCGUUUUACGACCAUAACGAAGGUUUUUGGUACUAUAAUCUUAUAUUGUUUGACGAGUCUAUAUUUUGGAAAGGAAAACCAGUUUGUUGAAAAUUAACACAAGGAAAGAUUUUGGUCAGGCGUGCCAACAUGAGCUGUAUGUGCGGGUUGUGAAAGACGCGCGUGCUUUAAUCUCUCACGUAUGAAGACCUUAACAUUUAACAAAUCAAAUUUUUAUAUUGAUAUAAAUUAAAUGGGUUGAACAAAAAAAAAUUAAAGGGAAUUUUUGAAAAAUAAAAAUAUUAUAUGCUCUUCUUUUUUCACAUAAAUAUGGUAUAUCUUCGUAAUUAUUUUUGUUACAUGUAUUUUUCUAUUCUAGGUAAAUGAUUUUGAAAUAUUUUGGUAUUCAAAGAAAUUUUUUUUUAAAAAAAUAAUUGUAGUUUAAAUGUCGUACUUGCGGAAAUACCUAAUUAAAAUAUUAAUUAAAUGAAAAAAUAAAUUAAAUCGGUGACCAGCAUGAGGAGAAGACGCACUAUAUAAUAACAAUGAAGCCUUGAGCCAGGACGCAUUAGUGGUAAAGAUACACACUACAACACCCAAAAAAAAAAGAGUUAAAAUUUCAAUUAGGUUUCUUUGACACUCAUAUCUGUCUUAGAUUCUUGUGCUCAAAGAUAUCUUAAAACUGUUUACCUUUUCUCUUUCCAUACAAAGUUUAGAUUUUUUCAAGAGGCUUUUGAUCAGAAUCAAUGGAGAUCACAGCUGAAAAGAUGCAAAUAUCAAGGUUCAAAAGAAUAUGUGUCUUCUGUGGAAGCAGCCAAGGCAAGAAAAGUAGUUACCAAGAUGCUGCUGUUGAGCUUGGCAACGAACUGGUUUCAAGGAAUAUUGAUCUAGUCUAUGGAGGUGGGAGCAUAGGAUUGAUGGGUUUGGUUUCACAAGCUGUUCAUGAUGGUGGUCGUCAUGUUAUUGGAAUUAUUCCCAAGACCCUCAUGCCUAGAGAGUUGACUGGUGAAACAGUAGGAGAAGUAAGAGCAGUUGCAGAUAUGCACCAAAGGAAAGCUGAGAUGGCUAAGCACUCUGAUGCUUUUAUUGCCUUGCCAGGUGGCUAUGGAACCCUUGAAGAGUUGCUUGAGGUCAUAACUUGGGCUCAGCUUGGAAUACACGAAAAGCCGGUGGGUUUGCUCAAUGUUGAUGGAUACUACAACUCUCUGCUAUCAUUCAUCGAUAAAGCCGUUGAAGAAGGAUUCAUCAGCACGACUGCUCGUGAGAUAAUAGUCUCUGCUCCUACUGCUAAAGAGCUUGUUAAAAAGCUAGAGGAAUACGCACCUUGCCAUGAAAGUGUUGCGUCUAAGCUUUGUUGGGAGACAUAACGGAUUGAAGAAUGAUCAAGAUCAAGAUCUAAUAUAUCUAUCUAUAUAACUAUUUAAAUAUUUUAUAUAUAGAUAAUGAAAAUGUGGGAGAUUUUCAAGAUUUCAAUCUUACUAAAAAGGGAAGGAAUAGAUUCUGAUUAGUUGGGGUAAAGUAAAAAAUAUUUCCACUACGGAGGAAUUAUUUUGUGUAAAUUAUUAUUAGUUGUUGUCUUUUUAACUCCAAACUAAAUGUCUUUUGAUUCUGUAUGAUUACCAACUCUCUUCUUUUUUUUUUUUUUUUUGGACAACCACCAACUCUCUCUGUAACCAAACAAAAAAUAGUCUCCCACUUUCGUCUCAGAUAUUUUAUUUUGUAUACUCAGUUCUAAAUAGUAAAUACUACGAGAAAGGCACAAAUAAACAGAGGAAAA